AUGAAAAGACAAAGAUCUUCCGAGAGAAAGAGCCAGAGUGUGUCUAAGAGGCGCCGUAUAGAUGUCUCUUCAGAUGACAGUCCUCAGUGGUACGAGGUGAUGCUUGCCCUGGCGGCAAAAUCAGCUUGCAAACAAGUCUUUACUUCUGCUGCUCAUGAAUGGAAAGAGCACAUUAAAGACUGGUAUGAGUUGACCCAUGCCAUCAACAAGUCUGAAGAGCGUAGGGAGCUACCCACCAUACCUCAACCUACGCACCAGAUAGAAUGGUUGGCUAGAGUGAAUUUUAAGCACAGACCCAUGCGCCGAAACGUACCAGAACAUAGACGUCAUAAAGUCUCCAAGAAACAAGACCUGAAUUCCUCCUUUUACGUCUACUAAAGAGGAGGAGGAUUUUGAUAUGGUGCAGAUAGAUGAGAUAGUUUGCAAGAAUCUGAGACACACUGACUGUCACAAAUCCCACAGUACCGUGCACUGACUGUUCUUGUAUUUUGUGUACCACACUUUUCAUGGACCAAAGUGCCAGAUUAUACAUUGUGCUAUUUUAAUUACAAUCUCAGUGCUAACAUCACCGCCAUCAUAGUGCCAUGUACGAACUGUGCCUGUAUUUAGUGCAACAUACCUUUCAUGGACCCUUAUGUGUUUGACUACACGUACAUAAUGUGUUUUACAGUGCAGCUGUGCUAAGUCCUGUUGAUGCACUACAUUUUACCAGGCGCUAUGUGUGACUUUGCAUAGACAUUGUUAUAUAAGACAUUUGCUGCAUGUUUAGCAGAUGUGAUUUAUUUCCUUAUUUGGCAAAGUUUUAUUUGCCAUUAUUUUGUAGAAUCACCAUUACUAUUAUAAUUUUUUUUAUUAUUUCUUUUCUAAAAUCGGCCUAGUUGAUGGUUCUUGAGA